GCGAUCCAGAGUCCGGGUGUGGAGGGCGUGCAGGAGAAGGCGUGGUCAGCUGUGGUUCCUCUGGUCGGGAAACUGAAAACCUUCUACGAGUUCUCGCAGAAACUUGAGUCCAGUCUGCGGUGUCUCCUGGACGUCCUCACCUGCUCCGGUUCGACUCCGACUCAGCAGCUGGAGCAGAAACAGGCUCUCGCUCGCCAGUUCGCCCACAUCCUGCACUUCACGCUGCGCUUCGACGAGCUCAAGGUCUGCCCACCUCCUCCUCCUCCUCCUGCUACACCUCCUCUACAACUGUUCUCCUCCUCCACACUUCUCCUCUGCACCUCCUGA